UACUCUAAUGCAUAUUAACUAUUGUAGCUGCAGCGUUUAGCAAAUAUCCGCCUCAAAAUAAAAAAAACAAAAAACAAAAGUCUAGUUCAUGAAAUUGAUAACCAAUGAAAAUUCGUAACGUCAUACAAGCAGAAUUAACAUCCAAUGGGAUUCAAGAAGGGGCGGGCUUUCUGAUGUUGUGGUCGACUUCCUGGAUUACAGCGUGAAAUCAAUACUGCAGCAGCGUAAGUAGGAAGAGAAAGCUGCCGUUAAAGCAGGGGUCGCCCACAUCUUGAUGAAUGAAUCUUCCAAGAAUCACAGAAAAAGGGGUGGAGUCCAGAGUUGUAUCAUCCCUCAAGCACACAGGCAGCGGAACUAACAGGCUCAGCAUGGUGCACGUCUACAACUGUCAUCCCUUCGCCUCACAACAGAUAGUACAAGUGGAGCAGGAGCCUGGCUUGGUCUGCUGUGGAGGUGGAGCGCUGUUUGUUGUGGCUACUGGAGGAUGCAAGGUGGAAGCCUACAGUCUGGAGCAGGGCUGCCCUCUCCUCUGUCGUUUCGCCACCAUGGGCACGGUGAGGAGCAUCCAGCACAGCAGGAUAGGAGAUUACCUGGUCACCAUUGAGGAAAAGAACAGCGCUACCUACCUGCGAGCCUACACCAACUGGCGCUUUCAGGCGGAGGAGAAGGCCCGCGUCGGGGUGCGCUUGCUGGGGCACCUGCUGCGGGGGGCGUCUGUGCGGGGCGGGGUGCAGAUGGAGAUCAUCGAGAUCCCUCUGUCCGAGCGCCCUCUUGCUGUGGCCUGUUGCUCAGUCACAGGAGACCUUCUGGUCGGCUGUGAGAACACGCUGGUUCUGUUUACACUGAAGCGGCAGAACCAGCAGAACCUGCAGAACCAGAGUCAGCAAAACCUUCAGGGCUCUUGGCCGAACACCCAGCAAAGCUCCAGUCAGACCCCGUCCGCUUUGGACUUUGAGCGCUCCAUCAUUCUGCAUCUUCCAAAGAUGACACCUAAACAGGUGGCGCUGUGUGGAGGAUAUGUAGCCGUGCAGGCAGAGCUGGAGGUGCUCGUACUAAAGCUGGAUGCAGCCACUGAACCUGUGGCGCUGGAGGAAUUAACAGACUCAGAUACUUUUGCUGAUCACCUUGAAGACCAGACCGACUUCCUACUCAUCCCAAAACAUCAGGAGUUGCUCGGUGAUCGAGCAAAAGACUGUGACAUCCCUGUCUGCAUUGAAAAGACUGGACUGGAGGACAGAAGGCAGAGCGUGCUGUCCUACGUUCUCUUCAGGCGCUUUAGUCCAGAGUUCUUUCAGGGCUGCAGUGUGCAAGAGACUCAGCUGCACUCGCUGCAGCUCUACCCGCUGUUCACCAGAAACCAGUCAGUGUCUCUGGAGGAACCGGCCUGUGUGUUUUGUUUCUUCUCCCUCCCCUCUGCUGGAUACCUGUACAGCCUGAAGGGCGGAGUGGAGCUGCUCUCAACCUAUCAGUAUCCAGAGAAGGUCCUGGAGGCGGUGCUGACGGAUCACCUGUUGCACGUUAUAACCAAGAGUGCGUUGCAGUGUUUCACAGUUCGCUGUGCAGCCGUAGCAGCGAGGCUUGAAGACCCGUACAUCGACACAACCAUGAAGGCCUGUCCGCCGUGCAGCCUCGAGGUGUGCGCCCUCAGAAUGCAGCUGUUCAUAUCGCCUGCGCGCUCUGCUGUUGCUGGCAGCGGAGGAGAAGGCCCGCGUCGGGUGCGCUUGCUGGGGCACCUGCUGCGGGGGGCGUCUGUGCGGGGCGGGGUGCAGAUGGAGAUCAUCGAGAUCCCUCUGUCCGAGCGCCUCUUUGCUGUGGCCUGUUGCUCAGUCACAGGAGACCUUCUGGUCGGCUGUGAGAACACGCUGGUUCUGUUUACACUGAAGCGGCAGAACCAGCAGAACCUGCAGAACCAGAAGAAUCACAGAAAAAGGGGUGGAGUCCAGAGUUGUAUCAAUCCCUCAAGCACACAGGCAGCGGAACUAACAGGACUCAGCAUGGUGCACGUCUACAACUGUCAUCCCUUCGCCUCACAACAGAUAGUACAAGUGGAGCAGGAGCCUGGCUUGGUCUGCUGUGGAGGUGGAGCGCUGUUUGUUGUGGCUACUGGAGGAUGCAAGGUGGAAGCCUACAGUCUGGAGCAGGGCUGCCCUCUCCUCUGUCGUUUCGCCACCAUGGGCACGGUGAGGAGCAUCCAGCACAGCAGGAUAGGAGAUUACCUGGUCACCAUUGAGGAAAAGAACAGCGCUACCUACCUGCGAGCCUACACCAACUGGCGCUUUCAGGCGGAGGAGAAGGCCCGCGUCGGGGUGCGCUUGCUGGGGCACCUGCUGCGGGGGGCGUCUGUGCGGGGCGGGGUGCAGAUGGAGAUCAUCGAGAUCCCUCUGUCCGAGCGCCCUCUUGCUGUGGCCUGUUGCUCAGUCACAGGAGACCUUCUGGUCGGCUGUGAGAACACGCUGGUUCUGUUUACACUGAAGCGGCAGAACCAGCAGAACCUGCAGAACCAGAGUCAGCAAAACCUUCAGGGCUCUUGGCCGAACACCCAGCAAAGCUCCAGUCAGACCCCGUCCGCUUUGGACUUUGAGCGCUCCAUCAUUCUGCAUCUUCCAAAGAUGACACCUAAACAGGUGGCGCUGUGUGGAGGAUAUGUAGCCGUGCAGGCAGAGCUGGAGGUGCUCGUACUAAAGCUGGAUGCAGCCACUGAACCUGUGGCGCUGGAGGAAUUAACAGACUCAGAUACUUUUGCUGAUCACCUUGAAGACCAGACCGACUUCCUACUCAUCCCAAAACAUCAGGAGUUGCUCGGUGAUCGAGCAAAAGACUGUGACAUCCCUGUCUGCAUUGAAAAGACUGGACUGGAGGACAGAAGGCAGAGCGUGCUGUCCUACGUUCUCUUCAGGCGCUUUAGUCCAGAGUUCUUUCAGGGCUGCAGUGUGCAAGAGACUCAGCUGCACUCGCUGCAGCUCUACCCGCUGUUCACCAGAAACCAGUCAGUGUCUCUGGAGGAACCGGCCUGUGUGUUUUGUUUCUUCUCCCUCCCCUCUGCUGGAUACCUGUACAGCCUGAAGGGCGGAGUGGAGCUGCUCUCAACCUAUCAGUAUCCAGAGAAGGUCCUGGAGGCGGUGCUGACGGAUCACCUGUUGCACGUUAUAACCAAGAGUGCGUUGCAGUGUUUCACAGUUCGCUGUGCAGCCGUAGCAGCGAGGCUUGAAGACCCGUACAUCGACACAACCAUGAAGGCCUGUCCGCCGUGCAGCCUCGAGGUGUGCGCCCUCAGAAUGCAGCUGUUCAUCGGCCUGCGGUCAGUGUGCGUCCACGGCCGUCACGUUGUCCUCCUCUCUGCAGCCGACACAGAGACGCCGGAGGAGCCUGAACGCACCACGCAGCGCAGGGGCCUGAGCAGGAGGUUCACGGGGUCCUCCCCCAAAGAAAGCAGUGCAGCCGGACAUGGAUGGAACCUGUACGUGGUCGAGACCGUCUCGCCCCUCGCGCUCUACCAGGAGAUGGUCGAAUACAGUCAGCGCUACGCAGAGACCAAUCCACAGGCCCAAAGCCUUCGCCACCUCCUCAGCGAAGCUCACCUCCUCCUCCGAGCCUCGCUGCUGCAGCAGAGCACUGAGUGUCCACAAGCAGACAGGGAGGUGCUGGAGGAUGCGUUCAGGCACAACUGUGCUCAGCUAGGAGACUGCUUCAGCAGGGGCAGCCAGAGGGACUGCCACCUGGCUCUGCCGUACUACAGGAUGUCUGGCUUGUCAGUUCCAGAGAUCUUAUCUAGGAACCGCCCACUUCCCAGCAACCCUCACUUUUAUGGCCCUGGCUUCCUGUUCUAUCUGAAACAUCACCUGUUAGAAGAAAUGGAACAGAAUCUCACUCAGGAAUCCGCAGAUGAGGUCAUUGACAUUUUCAGCCAAUCAGAGCCUUCUGAGCUUGUCCACGUCUGCGCCAGUCCGUCCAUGAUUAACGUCAGUCCUGCACGAACUCUGCAAAUUCUACAACAUCUGGAGGACUCGACCGGCGUGUCGGUUCCUCUGACAAUCACCAUGGCAACCAUGAUGCUUCGUAUGGGCAACAUGCAGCAGUACACACAGCUGAUGGAGAGACACGCUGAGAUGCUGCUGAUUUACGGGUUCAUCGAGGAGCCGAGGCUGCUCCUUCACGGAGGAGGCGGAGGACGUCACGCGCACAUUCGUCCCACAGCCCUGACUCAACAGCUGGUGAAGACGCAGCCGGGACUUCUGGUGGCGUCCAUGGUGGCUCUGCACGAGAACAGCAAAGUUCAGCUGGAACAGGCCGAUCACAUAUUCCAGGAGCUGGGCUGUGAGAACUGCCUGCAGGUGGACUUCUGGGAGGCGACUCUCAUGGCGUCGUCGCAGGAAGCUGUCAUCCAGGAACUCCUGUUCCGAGUGGCAUCGGUUUAUAUCGAGCGGCUGACGAAUACAAACUCGGAGGGAGCCUCGAAACGCAGGUCACUGAAGAGCGCGGAGGAUCUGGUCAACUCGUGCCCCCAUUAUGGACCUUUGUACCUGUGGCUCUCCGUCCUCAGUCCACCUCACACAACCAGCCCUCAGCACCUGGAGGCGCUACACAAACUGCAGUCUCUCCUAUGUGGUCCGUCCCUCUCCGUGAGCUCUGUCGCUCCCCUGCUGGAACGCGUGACGGAGGACACCUUAUGGGGCUUCAGCCUGCACCUCCUCUGCUUCACCAGAAGAGGGCAGUACGACAUCAGCAUUGAGAAGGUGCUGGACCGGUGUCCUCAGGCCAUCGUACCCUACGCCAAUUACCAGUUACAAGACAAAAACAUGGCGUUGUGGUGGCAGAAGCUGCUCCCAGAGCUUUGUAGUCGCACCAGAGCUGCACCUCAUAACAGCAUCCUAUUGGCUGCUCUAAAGGAGACUCUGGUCAUGGUUGCCGCGGAGAUGAGCCCUGCAGAGCUGUUGGAACUGAUUCCCGAUGACGGCACGGCCUCAUACUUCCUGCCUUACCUUCUGACAUGUAGCCAGAAACACCUGGUGGCCUGAGAGCCAGCAAGAAACAUUUACUUACAUCAAUUGAUUCACACUGAGCUGAGCUUCAUGCCUUGGACAUCAUCAGCCUGACCAACGCACGGUUUAGCUGGCUCUCUGAUCACUGUACUGAUCUUAGACAAUAAUGUGCUGGAUUGUUUAAGCACUUGAGCACAAAUAUUGGAAUAGUAAUGGACCAUGACGCACCGCCUCAGGGUCACACAGACCAGUCCAGCUUUUGGGCAAAGAAACUUUAAACAUCAGUAAUGACAACAACUGGAAGGUCUUCAAGGAGCUUCCUGAGAAAGGUGGAAGGCGACAUUCAAGUAUGAGGAUGAAAUGAGGAUGAUAACAAGUGGAACGAGAAGAUAAGCCCAGAGUGGGAAAAAAAACUAGAAGGAAGAAGAUUCUACUUGAAGAACUUGACUCAGUAGACAGAUGUGAGAAACCAGAUAGCAGAGCAAAAAAAAUCUCCUAGACGAUGGAUGCGUGAUGUUCCCAUCCUUAGAAUAAAAGGUGAACCUGAUAUAUACAUAUCUAUGAAACAUAUGAAUGUAUGUAACCAACUGCAAGAAAUCAGCAAAUGCUUUUAUUAUAUUAAAUAUUCAUCUCCCAUGUAGCUCCUAAUGCACUACUGUACAUUCUGAUGAAGUAGACUUUUAAUUUUAAAUAAAUUAAUUAAAAUAUUGUUUGUUUACAUGGA